AUGGUGGUGGAGAGAACUCAACGGAGAUCGAGCCAUGGUGGUGAUGUGAUUUUGGAGUUGAAGCUGCGGCGGUCAAUGCAGAUUGCAGAAGGAGACACUAAGAUACACGAUCAGGACUUGAAGACGAGAGCCCGUUCGGCCCUUCCCAGCGCGUCCAGCCCUCAGCCAAGAGCUUGUGAGAAGACGUCCGUCACCAAGCGUCCGUCCGAUCCGUUGCAUGCGAUAUCAUCCAUCCGCCAGUCUUCAUCCUUUUUCUUUGUUCCUCGUUCAAAACAAAAAGAAAAAAUUAACUAUCUGAAGGUACAUUUAUCCAGAGACUUUGAACCAAAAGCUAUACUUCAUAGUUACAAGAAGAGCUUUAAUGGAUUUGUUAUCAAGUUAACGCAAGAGGAAGCGGGAAGAAUGGCAGAAAUGGACAGUGUUGUCUCUGUUUUCCCAAACAAGAAGAAUCAUCCGCACACAACUAGAUCAUGGGACUUCAUAGGCUUUUCACAGCAAAUCCUAAGAACAAAUUUAGAGAGUGAUAUAAUUGUCGGAGUAAUAGACUCGGGAGUUUGGCCAGAGUCUAAGAGCUUCAGUGACGAAGGAUUUGGUCCUCCACCAACUAGAUGGAAGGGAUCAUGCCACAACUUUACCUGUAACAAAAAAAUAAUUGGAGCAAAGUAUAUCAAUAUUGAAGGUGUCUAUGACAAAGACGAUAUCAUAUCUCCUAGAGAUGCACAAGGCCACGGGUCACACACUGCAUCCACAAUUGCUGGAAAUUUGGUUAAGUCUGCGAGUCUACUAGGUUUUGCCUCAGGGACAGCCCGUGGAGGAGUUCCAUCAGCACGCAUUGCCAUAUACAAAGCAUGUUGGCUCAAAAUAGGUUGUCCUGAGGCUGAAACCCUUGCAGCAUUUGAUGAAGCAAUUGCUGAUGGAGUUGAUAUAAUCUCGAUUUCGACCGGGUACAACAACACAGUAAUCUUUCCCUAUUUCCAAAGUGCGUAUGAUAUAGGAAGUUUCCAUGCAAUGAAGAGAGGCAUAUUAACGUCAAAUUCAGCCAAUAAUUUGGGUCCUCGAUUUUCCUCUAUGACCACUUACCCACCCUGGAUACUCUCUGUGGCUGCUACCACUAUUGACAGAAAGUUCCUCACCAAAGUGCAAUUGGACAACGGCGUAGUUCUUGAGGGGGUUACAAUUAACACUUUUGAUCUAAAAAAGAAAAUGUUUCCACUGAUAUACGCUGGAGAUGUACCCAACACUGCGGACGGAUAUAAUAGUUCCAUAUCCAGGUUUUGCUACGACAACUCUGUGGAUAAACAUUUAGUAAAGGGAAAGAUCGUUCUGUGUGACAGAAUUGGGUCUCCUAGCGAUGUUGGGGUUUUGUCUGGGGCCGCUGGGAUGCUUGUUGGAGCUACUGAUGCAAAAGAUGCGCCGACAACAUAUGCACUACCCGCAGCUUUCAUUAGUCUAAGGAAAUUUAACCUCGUACAUUCUUACAUGAUUUCAUCGAGAAAUUCAACUGCUACAAUAUUCAGGAGUGACGAAGACAAUGAUUCACAAACCCCUUUCAUAGUUUCGUUUUCAUCAAGAGGUCCAAAUCCAAUUACCCCAAACACUCUCAAGCCUGAUCUUGCUGCACCGGGAGUUAACAUUCUAGCUGCAUGGUCUCCAGUGUAUCCAAUUUCAACAUCUAGAGGUGACAAAAGAGCAGUGCAAUACAACAUAGACUCUGGCACUUCAAUGGCUUGCCCUCAUGCAGCUGCAGCGGCUGCAUAUGUCAAAUCAUUUCACCCCAAUUGGUCCCCUGCUAUGAUCAAGUCUGCAUUAAUGACCACAGCUACACCAAUGAGUCCUACUCUUAAUCCUGAAGCUGAAUUCGCGUAUGGGGCAGGGCAAGUUAAUCCUGUUAAAGCAGCAAAUCCUGGUUUAGUGUACGAUAUUAAUGAAGUAGAUUAUGUGAAGUUCUUGUGUGGGGAGGGUUAUACAGAUAAAAUGCUUCGGAUACUCACUAAAGAUCAUAGUAGAUGUAGUAAACAUGCAAAGGAAGAAGCUGUGUAUGACCUCAAUCUUCCAUCAUUUGCUCUGUACGUAAAUGUCUCAUCUUUCGGUCGUGUUUAUCAUAGAACGGUUACAAAUGUGGGAUCAGAAAGGUCUCGUUAUAAAGCCAAAGUGGUAUCACCAUCUUUGCUGGAUAUUCAGGUCAAACCAAAUGUUCUAUCCUUCACAGAAAUUGGGCAGAAGAAGUCAUUCUCAGUCAUAAUUGAAGGGAGUAUUAAUGCAGAUAUACUCUCUGCUUCUCUGGUUUGGGAUGAUGGCACUUUUCAAGUUAGAACACCGAUUGUAUAUACUGAUCGAAAAGUUAUUCCAUGGUCUGAUGAAUAAUAUGUUUACCAAGGAUCUCUAAAAAGCUUUUAGAUAAACCUUCAAUUGUGUC